AUCAUCCAGACGUUCACGGAGGCCAUGCGCAUCAUCAUCCAGACGUUCAUGGAGGCCGUGCGCACCGUGGAUCCCCAGUGUGCCCCCGGCUGUCCCCCUAUCAUCCAGACGUUCACGGAGGCCAUGCGCAUCGUGGAUCCCCAGUGUCCCCUGACUAUCAUCCAGACGUUCACGGAGGCCGUGCGCACCGUGGAUCCCCAGCGCGCCAGCCGCCCCCACGAGCUCUGGGUGGCCUUCGCGCGAUUCUACGAGGACAACGGGCAGCUGGACGACGCCAGGUCCAUCCUGUCCCGGGCCACCCGGGUGCGGUUCCGCCGUGUCGAGGACCUCGCCGCCGUCUGGUGCGAGUUUGGGGAGCUGGAGCUGCGCCACCAGCGCCACCAGGAGGCGCUGGCCGUGCUGAGGAAAGCCACGGCUCUCCCCUCCCGCCGGGCCGAGUACUUCGACAGCUCGGAGCCCGUGCAGAACCGGCUCUACAAGAACCUGAGGGUGUGGGCGAUGCUGGCAGACCUGGAGGAGAGCCUGGGCACCUUCCAGUCCACCCGCAGUGUGUACGAGCGCAUCCUGGACCUGCGCAUCGCCACCCCCCAGAUCGUCAUCAACUACGCGCUGCUGCUGGAGGAGCACGGCCGCUUCGAGGACAGCUUCAAGGCGUACGAGCGUGGCAUCGCGCUGUUCCGCUGGCCGCACGUCGGGGACCUGUGGCUCACGUACCUGUCCAAGUUCGUGGCCCGGUACGGGGGCCGGAAGCUGGAGCGGGCCCGGGACCUCUUUGAGCAGGCGCUGGACGGGUGCCCCCCCCAGCACGCCAAGACCAUCUACCUGCUGUACGCGCGCCUGGAGGAGCAGUUUGGGCUGGCGCGCCGCGCCAUGGCCGUGUACGAGCGCGGCACGCGGGCGGUGCCCCCCGAGCAGCAGCGCGACAUGUUCCACAUCUACAUCCGGCGGGCAGCCGAGCUCUUCGGGGUCACCCACACCCGCCCCAUCUACCAGAGAGCCAUCGAGGUGCUGGGCGAUGACGCCGCGCGGGAGCUGUGCCUGCGCUUCGCUGACAUGGAGUGCAAGCUGGGCGAGGUGGAUCGGGCACGCGCCAUCUACACCUACUGCUCGCAGAUCUGUGACCCCAGGAUCACGGGCAGUUUCUGGCAGACCUGGAAGGAGUUUGAGAUCCGCCACGGGAACGAGGACACCAUCCGGGAGAUGCUGCGCAUCAAGCGCAGCGUCCAGGCCACCUACAACACCCAGGUGAACUUCAUGGCCUCGCAGAUGCUCAAGGUGUCGGGCAGCGCCACCGGGACAGUGUCCGACCUGGCCCCGGGGCAGAGCGGCCUGGAUGAGAUGAAGCUGCUGGAGCAGCGCGCGGAGGCGCUGGCGGCUGAGGCCCAGCGGGACACGCCCCGCCCCGCCCAGCAGGUGCUGUUCGUCAGGGCCGAGGCCGCCCCAGGCUCGGAGCCGCCGCUGUCCCUGCAGGGGAACCCCGAGGAGAUCGACCUGGACGAGGAGGGGGAGGAGCCUGACGAGGUGCAGCUGGAGCAGAGGAAGGUCCCGGCCUCGGUGUUUGGGGGGCUCAAGGACGACUGAGACCCCGCCCA